CUGUGAUAUAAGCCCAGCCUGUUGUAACAACACUAUGAAAAGUGGGACCUGAUGACCCAGCAGCAGGGGCUCCUGACCAGCCCGUGCACGCCGCCCCGGGGACGCUCUGCAGCGGCCACUCUCUCUCUCGGCUCAGCCUCCUCCCUCCAGGCCCCGCCUCCCGCACGAAGCCCUCCGCAGAAGAGGAGGCAGACAGAAGACAGUUUAAAACUCAGAGCCGGAGACGCUGUUUGUCCAAACUUUGUCAAACUGUCGCCUCAAGUUCGUCCUCAGCUCAGUGUUUUUUUUUAUUCACCACACUGGAAAAAAACAAGGGUUUGAAGAGGAGAAGAAGAAGAAGAAGAAGAAGAAGAAGGAGAGUGGGUGAUAUCCGCCUCCAGCAGCAGCAGCGGAGCGACUACAAACUUUCUCCCCAAGUUGACUUCACAGUUCUCGGGAGACUCUUCACUGGCUAGAGCUGGAAGCUGACUUCCUGUGAGCCACUUCAUAGAGAGGGAAAUCCUUGUGGGGGAAAGCAGGAGAAAGGCCUGUUCAUCCACUGUCCUCACGCUGGAAGCUGCAGGAUAAUAUCAAUAUGGCUUUAAGAUUCCCCGUUCCUCUGUUACUUCUUGCAAUAUGUUGCCUAGCAUCUGCAGGUCCCUUGUUCCGCAGCCCAUGUGAGCUGCUGCCGGUGGGGAUGGCCCACCCGGUGCAGGCCAUGUUGAAGAGCUUCACUGCCCUGUCAGGCUGUGCAAGCCGGGGCACUACCAGCCUCCCUCAGGAGGUCCACAUCAUCAACCUGAGAGGACACGCUCCAGAGGGACCAGACAACAGCCCGGCAGAAGUUGAGUUGCAUCUGAAGCCUAUCCAGUCUCUGCUGCGCCACCAGAAGCCCCUGGUCUUCGUGCUCAGCUCCCCCCAGCCACUGAUCUGGAAGAUCAAGACAGAGAACCUGGCCCUGGGCAUCAAACGUACCUUUCAUGUAUCGGAGGGCUCAGAGGUCCAAUUUCAGCCAGGAAACUUCUCGCUCACCUGCCAGAUCCAGAAGGAGACACUUCCCCAUGGCAAUGAGCACCUCCUCAGCUGGGCCCAGAAGAAGUACAGGGCAGUCACCUCUUUCUCUGAGCUCAGAAUGACUCAAGAUAUCUACAUCAAAGUUGGAGAAGACCCAGUGUUUUCUGACACCUGCAAGAUUGAUACCAAGUUCCUGUCUCUGAACUACCUGGGCGGCUACGUCGAGCCACAGCCUUCAAAGGGCUGCGUGCUGUCUGGCCUCGACAAAGACCAAGAGGUCCACAUCGUCGAGCUGCAAGCCCCCAACUCCAGCAGUGCUUUCCAGGUGGAUGUCAUUGUGGAUCUGAGGCCUCUGGAGGAAGAUGCCCCCCUGCAUCGCGACGUAGUCUUGUUGCUCAAGUGCGCUAAGUCUGUCAACUGGGUCAUCAAAAGCCACCGUGUGACGGGAAACCUGGAGAUUGUGGCCUCUGAUACCGUGAGUGUGAGCUCCACCACAGAGAAACAGAUGGAAGUGUCAAAAUCCCCAAAGCAGCAAUUGCCAACAGGAUCACAAGCCCUGAUCAAGUGGGCAGAGGACCAUGGUUACAGUCCAGUAACGUCUUACACCAGCACUCCUGUAGCUAACCACUUCAGUAUCAGACUAAGAGAGCCAGAUGUGGUGGAUCCUCUGGAGAGCAUGUUGCCCCCGGACCUCCCCUUCCUGCGUGACUCCAGUCCUUAUCCAGGAGCAGGAGUUGCCUCGCGACACUCAGGUCUGCCCUACCUGCAGCUUCCCUCCAUCCUGGACGACCGGCCCUGGGAGAACAGCGAGCCAGAGGAGCAUCAGGGCGUCCUGAGUGUGGGCCACAGUGUGCAGUGCGAGGACACAAGGAUGGUGAUCAGCAUUGAAAAAGAGAGUCUGCAAGCGAACGGAUUUUUUCAUGUCAACCUCACACUAGUAGACCCGAAUUGCAAGGCAACAGUCAAUGCCACCCACUACACGCUGGAAACUCCUCUGACAGGCUGUAAGACCACCGUAUUUCCCAUGCAGGGAAGCCCUACGGCCCUCCACUUCAACUCUGUCUUGAUAAGUCAUGCUGAGAACAAGGAUGGGAGUGGUCGGCCGCUGGAUUUUGGGGAUCUGGAAUCCGGAGACGUGCUGUUCCCGAGGGACCCGGUUGAGUUAGAGAGGACGAUCAGCGAGCCCACAGAGCACCAGUCUAUCAUCGAUUUCAACUGCACAUACAAAAAGAACCAGGGAACCUCUGAAACACUUCCCAGGAUUGUACCGGGACCGUCCAGGCAGCCGGUCAACAACGUGACGUUCACUAUGGAGGUGUUCAACACGCUGUCGCCUAACAACCCCUCGCGCCAGGCCUUCUUCCCGGUUUCACCGAAUCAACAAGUCUUUGUGGAGAUCACAUCGACCGCAUCGGACUCGCAUCAGGGGUUCACCAUCAUAUCAUGCUCCAUUUCUCCCAACUCCAACCCCAGCGUGCCCUCAGACUACACCCUCAUUGAGACCGUCUGCCCCACAGACGAGUCCGUCCAUAUCUACCCUAAGACGGACUUCCCUAUCCCUCACGCUGGUUUGGAAAAGAAAAGUUUCAGCUUCACCUUCAGCUCAAAGUUGAACUUGUCCCAGCUUUUCCUGCACUGUGAGAUGUCUCUGUGUGCCAAGAGAUCCCAGAGCAGUCAGAGUCUGCCGCGGUGCCUGCAAACCGGUGAGACCUGUGACUCUCUUAAUGUGGACAGCAUCCUCAAGAUGAUGAUGAACAGAAAGACGACUACCCAGCAGCUGCUUGUGCUGUAUGGCUCUGGUCAGCCAGACUUAACAGUUGACCCUCCAUCCAAAGUCCCCCCGAGCCCACGGGAACCUCCUAAGGAUCACACCAUGUAUGUGCUGGACACUCCAACAGUCGUGGGAAUCGCCUUUGCAGCCUUUGUGAUCGGGGCUUUGUUGACCGGAGCCCUGUGGUUUAUCUACUCCCACACAGGUGAGACAGCUGGCACACAGCAGGUCCAGAAGUCCCAACCCGCCUCCGAGAACAGCAGCGCGGCUCACAGUAUCGGCAGCACGCAGAGCACGCCCUGCUCCAGCAGCAGCACAGCAUAGCCCAGGACUCUUCCCCAGCGGGGGGGCACGGCCCUGCUGUGGCUCCUGGAAGGGCCCCGGAGGUCCACAGGGGCCAGUUUGAGGAUUUCCUUCCGUGGAAGGAGUUCUUUUUGGAGGAAGUGGUAGGAAGGAAAAAAAUAUAUAUACAAAAAACUAUUUUAAAAGAAGAAAACACACAAUUGCACCUGUAGUUGUUGUGUUCGUCCCCUUGUGCCACCUCAAGUGUGUGCAGUCAAAUGGACCUUCCUGGUGUGUAACAGUUCUGAGACUCAGCGGCAUCACCUCAUUUCUAGCUGGAAAGAAAAUCGACAAGAAUCAAAUGUGCGUGUAAGCCAGACAUUUCUUUCUAAUCCAAAUGCUGCUUUUUUCUGAGCACAACAGAGCCUUUUGCUUUGACCUUAAAUGGUUCGAUGUGGGCUGUUUGUACCAAGCAGGUGCUCUGCUACAGCAGUGAUGUCAGUAUUAGUGAGUGAGAUGUUGAUGGCUGCACUGUAACAUGUUACUUUAGGACAUGCAGCACCCAAUGUGGGAGAGCAGCAAAGCAACCACUAUUAACAUGUGGACAACAGUGCAGUAUUAGCAGGAGUCGUCAUCUUGAGCCAAAGAGAGAUACUGGCUUUUAAGAGACGCAGGGCAGAGUAGGUAUUGAAUGUAUACACAAGAGUAAAAAGCCAAAAAAAUGUGAAAGAAAAAUGUGAAAGUCUUGCUGUAAAUGCCACAUUUCAUAAUGAACUAAUUAUACUUAUCCCACCCCUCACAAUAGAUUUAUACACACAGGUUUUCUUUCUGUAAAGUAGUUAUAGUUGUGCGUUUCAUUGGGUGGGGGUCUGAGUCUUAAUUUCAUACACAAGUUGUUACACAACUUCCCACGGGCAUUAUGGGCUCCCUAUUAUUACAGUAGAUUUUAAUGGAAAUGUUUAACAUUUUGGGAAAUAUUUUGUCAAAGUUAGAUGAGAAGAUGGAUGCCUCUUUUGUAUCUGUUCGUUAGAUGGGGAACUCAUUGCAGGAGAUGAUUAGCCAAAUUUAGCCUUAGGAUUAUAGAGCAAACCAAUGAGUUGAUGUUCAUUUCAAUGUUUUAAAGAACGAUUCACAGAACAAAACUCCCCUUACGACUACAUUUUCAUUUUUAAUUUCUACCUGUGCAGGGAAAGGUGUUUAUUAAUUAGCUUUAGAUAUACUGGCAUGUGCAUCCUUAGAUUCCCUGUGCGUUUUUUAUGCUAAAGUGGCACAUUCAUUCACAUGCUCUAUCUCAUGUGUUGAAUCUGCAAACAAAAAGAUAAGGAAAAAGCAGUUGUGUGGUGUUCUUAGGGAGAGAUUCAAACAUUCAAUUUUAUUGCUAAAUGUUAAGCUUGGCUAAUCAUCUCCCAGCGUCGGCACCAUGCCAAACUCUGAUGUGAGAGUUGCUUUGAUCUUGAAAGCAAAUAAGCAUAUUUCCCAAAACUAUUAAUUUCAUAUGUGUAUAUAUUUGUUUGUAUAUAUUGUAAAUACCCAUGUAGCAGAGUGUGAAAAGGAUGUUUUUGUACUUGUGGACUGGACAGUGUAAGGUCCAAGUUUUCACCGUGUCAUAUUAUAAAAGUGACUAAAUACCAGUGUUGAAUAACAAAAAUAGGGGCGGGGAUUUUUUUCGGACAUCAUUUUUAAUCAUGGCUUAGCUGAUCUGAUGCCGUUUGGAUCCCACUGGCUGUGCCUAUACACCAGGGCUGCCACUCAAUACUAUUUUCAUAUCGAUCAAUUGAUUUCUUGUUUGGUUUUAAAAAGCUAUCAAAUUUAGAAGCUAUGAAAAUGAAUAUUUGGCAUUUCCCUUGAUAAAAAAGUGUAAUGAUGAUUACAUUUCUACCAAUUGAUCAUUCAGCUCAUCGUAGUCUUAUCGGACAGAGGCCAAGGGAGAGUAUUUUUUAUAUAAGGCCAGAUGUUCAGUGUUUGUUUUUGUAAAUCUUGGCACUGACAGUGUUGAAUAAGCUCUAGCUUAAGCUCUUUGUUAUGAACAUAAGUUUGCAGGUGUUCGUCAAACUGCAACACCUCGACUGCCUCACCGUCUCAGAAUAGCAUGAAUGUUUGCUGCAGUGCCUUCCUUCAUUAACCUGCAUGUAAUUGUAUCAGACUGUGUGUCUGUGGGACUAACCUGUAACAAUUUAACCAACAAGAAAAGCAGAAUGUAUGUUAUCUCAAAGCUUUUGAUCUUAUUUUUCUUUUCAUAUGUAAACAUGUAUAAAGCUUUCUACAGAGGGAACAGAGUAUAAAGAUAUAGAUAUAUAUAUUUGUGUAUAAAAUUAUAUUCUGGAAUAUAUAUAUAUAUAUAUAUAUGUAUAUAUAUAUAUACCAAGAGAAAUUUAUCGUUUUCUAUGUGUGUUAAGUACUGUGAAUUGUGGAUUUGCUCAUACAUAAGUCUUUAUGAUUUACGUAGAUCAUUAAUAAAAGCCCUGUGCCAAGUUUAUGACACUUUGACCAAUGGAAACAUUUUAUUUGAAAUUAUAAAAAAUAUGGUUCACUGUCAAAUUGAAAAGUCUAAACCUCAUCAGAAUAUGUAAUCUUUUAAACUUAGCCGUUGAAACUUUAUUCAACAAUGUGUCAUAACACAAGCAAUGGGUUUAUGAUGAAUACUACAUAUAAAUAUGUAAUUUCUUCUGUACAUGGAAAAAACAUUUCCUAUGUUUUGUUCAAACAUUGUGAUAGUUUAUGGUCUUAUUUCCGUACAUGCCAAUAAUGUUUCAUGACUGAAGCUGUUGCGUAUUGAUUGCUAUUUUGUAUAAAUCAUGUUUUUACUCAAAUAUUUUGUCAUGAAGUAAAUAAAUUGGAUGUUGAAUUUAUCCAUUUGGAUAACAGCAUCUAAGAUAUCAGUUUCAUAUGUUUGGAGAUAAGCUGUAAUAGUGACUUUUCUUAUCAUAACAUUUAGUGAGGUUCCCACUAUAAAACCCACAUCCCCAAAUCGAUCCCUUCUUUUCUUCCUCCCAUUGUCAUACUCAGUAACAUAUACUGUAUCCCCAUUGACAUAAUGAAAAAUAAUUCAAUCAAAGCUGGACCACUAAUGGCAGCAGGGAAAUCACAUUUGAAAUAAGAGCGUAGGAUUGGGUAAUAAAUGUGUCUGUUCUCUGUUUGACUGGAGAAAAUCCAACCUUUUCUUAUUUGGUUUCUGGAAACUCAGCUGUUUUCACUAACACUUGAGAAAUAACUUUGAUUAAGUUCUAUUAGAACCACUUGGUUUCAGGUCAACAUUAGACCUUGUUUGUUUUGUCGGGCCUCGGGCCAGGAGGGCCUCGGUCAGCUCAGUCAUAAAGUGACUACACAGCAAUGACAUGUUGCAGCAUUAUUGUGAGCAGCAUUGUAUCCCACUGUAAACGAGCCUACUCCACGUCGUACAGAGGGGAAAUAUAAUCAGCGGUCAUUGUGGGCUUAGGACUUUCUGACAUUCCUGUAGUUUUUUUUGCGGUUUCUCUUAUCGACUGUGGCGAAUCCAUCCCCACCGUUUGUUAUUAGCUCCCCACCCGCCACCCCGUGUGUCACGCCGUUCAGCUGUGAGCCUCCAAGUUGUGCUCUGGAUGCAAUUAUCCCAUUUGAGAUAAUUUCUCGAUAUUCCUUCACUCAAACUAAUGAUACGACGUCAACAUUCCUCCUCCUUCUCUAUUACCCCAGUGAAUGCUGGAAAAACCACUUCCCCCCCUCAUAAUAGAGAAUGAGGAUUAGUUACAUGCUGUCAAUAUGAAACAAUGAUGCUGUAUCACACCAGAGUGCCACUCCUGGUCGAUGCCGAUCUGACAACAGCUGUAAUCGGAGCACCAAUCCAUUGAUUUAGUCAUUGAUUGUAUUUGUUAAACCAUUUUACUACCUCAUGUGUUUUUCUAUGAAUGUGUCAUUUGUGUGUUUGUAUGCGUGCGAGGGUUUUCUGUGCAUGUGUGUGAAUUCGAGAGAAGUUGAAACUCUUAUAGACUGUACUGCAGUUUGAUGAUUUUAGGGCCCCUACAUUGUUUACUGCAGUCCACAUGUAAUUUUUCUUCUCAAAGUAAACAAUGAAGUGGUCGAUGUGUGAUCACGAUGAUGAUGGGGGGGCAUUGUAAAUGUGUAGAACUUUUGUCAGCAGUUACCGUUUCCUUUGGAGUUUGAAAACUUUUUAUACGCUGUAAAUAUGCAUGAUAUUUGUAUACCCAUUAUGUCCAAUAAAUUGUCAUGAUAUUCCACGA